GAUAACUCCAGUGACAGAACUGGCAGGUAUAUCCUGCCAAUUUCUAACGCUUGUAGGUAAAUAAUGUCAUGGUAGAGAAUAUCUGUUCAGACUUUGGUGUUUGAAGUUACAGGUACACAGCGAUUGGCUGUAAAACAACAUGACGUUCUUCGUGUGGCUAUAAGUAGGGAAAGGAAGAGCUUUCAAACAGCAUUAGUAACCACAGCUCCAGCUAUGAGCAGGAGAGAAAGAGGGGGCCAAGUGGCCGGCUGGGGGGGCAAAAACCUGACUGACGUUUGACCAGAGACCGAGCAGCUUCUGCCAGUUUUUGCAGCGCUUUGCUCGCCGUUAAGAUGGGAUCACAGAUCACCGGUUCGGAGGAGAGCACAUACUACCCCCUGUCCCCUGAAUUACUCAAUGCUAGCUCUGCUCCGGCCGCCGACAGUGCAACUGCCAGGAAGGAACUGAGUCCUGGCUGGAAGAUUAUCGUGAGUAUCGUUAUGUCAGUUAUCGUGCUGGUGAUAGUCUUCGGAAAUGUGUUAGUGAUAACGGCUAUUGCCAGGUUCCAGCGGCUGCAGACGGUCACUAAUUAUUUUAUCACAUCGCUGGCUUGUGCAGACCUGGUGAUGGGACUGAUCGUCGUACCUUUCGGGGGGGUGCGCAGCAUUACAGGCGUGUGGUACUUUGAAAACUUCUGGUGUGACUUCUGGACCUCUCUGGACGUGCUGUGCGUAACGGCGAGCAUCGGCACCCUGUGUGUGAUCGCCCUGGAUCGCUACCUGGCCAUCACCUCGCCUUUCCGCUACCAGACUCUCCUGACCAAGUGCAAGGCGCGGCUCGUGGUCCUGGUGGUGUGGGUUGUAGCGGCGCUCACCUCUUUCUUGCCCAUCUACAUGGGCUGGUGGAGACUGGACGACGGGGAGUCGAUGAAGUGUUACGCCGACCCCAAGUGCUGCGAGUUUCUCACCAACAAAGAAUUCGCCAUCUCCUCUUCCAUCGUCUCCUUUUACUUCCCCCUGCUCGUCAUGAUCUUUCUUUACACCAGGGUCUUUCAGGAAGCGAGGCAGCAGCUGAAGAAGAUCAACAAGUGCCAGGGCCGCUUUCACAAUCACAAUAACAACCUGAACCAUGCCCCAGCCGUGAACGGGAAACCCGCCAAACAGGGUCACAAAAGGACGUCCAGGUUCCUAAACCUGAAAGAGCACAAAGCUCUUAAAACGCUGGGGAUUAUAAUGGGCGUUUUCACACUCUGCUGGCUGCCCUUCUUCGUGGUGAAUAUCGUCAAUGUCAUUUUUAAAGACAGCAUUUCCAACACCGUAUUUACUUUCCUGAACUGGGUGGGCUAUUCCAACUCUGCCUUCAACCCCCUGAUUUACUGCAGGAGCUCGGACUUCAGGCACGCAUUCAAAACGGUGCUGUGGGGUUGCCGGGGCUCGCCGCCCUCCGCCCACCACAGCAGUUACCCCAACGAGAACCCCGUGCCAAGCGAGGAGCGCCUGGAGAACGGCUGCAUCUUGCACUGUGGCUUCGAAGGUGCUGCAUCCGUGGCGGGCACUCCGCCGAGCUGCAGCCCCGACACCAGUGGCAAUGAGCACAGGCUGCUAGAUUCGGGCAUUUAGAACAAUCCAUUGGAAGGGCAUGAAAUGAGGCAUCUGACAAGUCAGGGGGGACUCAGCAGCCUUCCAAAGGGGCAUGUGGGAUUGAAGCUCAGUAACACGUGUGUUCCAACUAGAUCCCGCUGUACUUCUCAUGCAUUCACCUACCUCAUAAUCCUGUAAACGCAAUGCAGUACCUUGUGGUGAAAGUAUGUGAUACCUGUAGGAGAUGUAGCCAGUUCAUUUAAAGCAGGAGGACAGGAAUUGAAUGUUGCUACAUGAGCAUUAAUAGUGAAUGUCUAAAUGUUUACAACUCGCAUGAAGCCUAUUUCUAAAGGCCAUGUCGACUUGACUGAAAGCGUUUUGCGCCCUCCCUUCCCUUUGAAUGCGAAUUGUUUUAAGCUCGGCUGCGAGCACUAUGGCAAGACUUUUGGAGGUUGGAGAAGAAAUGACCCCAAACAAGUGUAAUACAUUGUAGAGCGCGAAUUGAAUGAGUUCCCGGACAUAUUGGAGUAAAAUAGUCCAGUCACUACUGUAGCUGUUAGUAAGUUAAAGAGCAAUACUGCGUGUAUAAGCGCUCAGAGUUUGCCGACCAAGAGAGUACCUCACAGCACAAGGGAAAUCUACAAUGCAAUCGCGUGUUGGGAUGUUUGUGUAUUAGGAGGAGGGGCUGUUGUCAGCUGAUUUAUUUAGGUUAGAUGUACAGAAGGUUUAUUGACCUCGUGCGCGCAGUUAGAGCUAGAAGUUAAGUAGCCCCAUUAUUUUUCCACGAAUUUUCACAAAAUGGAAAAUAAACGUGUGUGUUCAUGUGCCGGCGUGUUCACAUGCUUGUGUUUGUAUUUGUAUGUGUGUGUGUUCGUCGUGACGUUUAAGUGCAGAACUGUAUUUUGCAACAUUGCACUUUCGAAUCAGCACUCAAUCUCUCUUGACGUUUCGCGUUAAAAUGAAGGUGAGGUCUAAUUUGCAGCUUUUUCUGUCCCGAAUAGUUCCUGCACAUUAAGAGACCGCGUGGUUUCACGUGAUUCAGCAUCGACCGCAUACUGUCAACAACAAAAAUAAGCUGACCUGAAAGGUCUGAGACUUCUAUGGUAAAUAGUUAACUUGUACCGAUGUCAGUCAAAAGCUAUCCUACUGAAACGUUAAAUCUUAGUUUUCUGUGGCAUUGUUUAAUUUCUGUGGCCGGGUAUUGGAAUUCUCUUGUAUGCCAACGCUUGAAGCGGAUAUUUGUGGGUUUAUGUGCAAUAAUGUUCGUUAUUUCGGCGCUGAACAGGCAUGGGGCAGGUCAAUGUUUACUUGUUGUCCUGGUCGAUAUAUUUUCGCACAACCGUGAAAACAAGGCAUAAAGCUAUUUUGGUCUUUCAUAUGAAUUCAAAUAAUUGAGAAAUGAGACAUUUUUGGAUAUUUAUUAUUUCGAAUCAAUGUUGGCUGUUAUUCGUGUACAAAUAAAACUUUAUAUAUUCAAAUCA